AUGGCGGCAGCUGGGGGCGCGGCGAGCCUCAGGGGCCCCGGGCGGCCCUGCCCCUUCUCCAUUGAGCACAUCCUCUCCAGCCUGCCCGAGCGGAGCCCCCCGGCCCGGGCCGCUUGCCCACCGCAGCCCGCCGGUAGCCAGAGCCCCGCGGAGCCGGAGGAGCACGGGCUGCCGGAUACUGCGCCCUGCGCCUGCUGCUGCUGCUGCGGCGGCGCCCGCGCGGCGCCCUGCGGGCCCCCGGAGGCGGCCGCCGGGCUGGGUACGCGGCUGGCGUGGCCGCUGAGGCUGGGUCCCGCAGUGCCCUUGCCCCUGGGCGUGCCAGCCGGAGGUUCCGGGGCGCUGCCGGGCGCGGUCGGCCCCGGGCCGCAGCGGCGCACGCGGCGCCACCGCACCAUCUUCAGCGAGGAGCAGCUGCAGGCGCUCGAGGCGCUCUUCGUGCAGAAUCAGUAUCCCGACGUGGGCACGCGCGAGCGCCUGGCCGGCCGCAUCCGCCUUCGCGAGGAGCGCGUGGAGGUCUGGUUCAAGAACCGCCGGGCCAAAUGGCGACACCAGAAGCGCGCAUCGGCUUCCGCGAGGCUCCUGCCUAGCGUCAAGAAGUCCCCCAAGGGGAGCUGCUGA